AUGAAGGGAUGCUCAUCUGCCCUCAACAUUGCCAACAUACGCAGUCGACGAAGCAACCGAACCCGUCUGGAGGAAACAUUUCAACAGUUUCCUCAGCCGACAAGCCCCAUCACUGAACCCGAGCAUGCCCAAAGAACAAUGAACACCGUGGUCAGCGAAAAACCACCGACCGAAUCGGACAUUCUGGCCUGUAUUCAAAAAAUUUUAAAAAAUGGAAAACCUGAUGGAUAUGAUGGAAUAUGUGCAGGAACGCUAAAAUCAUUUCCUUCAUCUGCGAUCCGACAGAUGGCAAAGAUCAUCCGUUAUAACCGAGGAAUACCUGACUAG